AUGCAAAAGUACCAGUUUGUUGUUAUCGGUGGUGGUAUAGCUGGCGUUACCUGUGUUGAAAGUAUCGCGACGUUUCAUCCUGAGGCACAAAUCCUACUGUUAACCGGCACGCCGUUAAUCAAGGCGAUUACUAACUAUGUGAAAGUAAGCAAAUUUCUCGAAGAAUUUGAUAUUGAAGAAAAACCAUUCAGCUACUUGGCAGAACAGUACCCUAACUUGACUAUACAGAAUAAAGUCGUGACACGAUUAGAUACUGAUAGACAAGUCAUUUUUUGUAUGGAUAAUACCCAGAUGCAAUAUGAUCAAUUAUGUAUAUGCACCGGCGCACGUCCAAAACUACUCUCAGAAACGAACCCGUAUGUUCUUGGUAUUCGUGAUACAGAAACUGUUGAAUCUUUUCAAAAGAAAUUAUCGACAGCAAAGCAAAUCGUCAUUAUUGGCAAUGGUGGCAUCGCUACUGAACUUGUGUAUGAAGUCGAACAUUGUUCUGUUAUCUGGGCAGUGAAAGAUCCACAUAUUUCUACAACAUUUUUCGACGAAGCUGCGGCACGAUUCUUUCUAGAACGAAUUCAACUCGCCAAAGAAAAGCAGAAAUUAAAUGAGAAAAGACAAAAGUAUGAAACUACCGAUCGACUAGCAAGCGCGCAGAGUUCCACAGGAAAUUUAUGCGGUGGUGCAUUAGGUCCUGAUUGGGCAGCAGAACGAUCGAUGAAAGGGACAUCGCCACAACCUAGACAAGUUCAUAUCGAAUAUGAAGUCGAAGUGAAGAGUAUUCUUACAUCAGACGAAUAUCAGGAACGAAAAUUAAGUACUAACACUGUGCAGUCAUCGAAUGAAGUUCAGUGGCCAGUCUAUGUUGAAUUAACAAAUGGGAAAAUAUUUGGUUGUGACUUCGUUAUGAGUGCCAUCGGUGUGGCACCAAAUGUAGAACUUUUUCUCAAGUCUACGAAUUUUACAUUGGGUGCUGACGGUGGGCUGCUAGUUGAUGCCAAUAUGCGUACGUCAGUUAAGAAUGUUUUUGCUUGUGGCGAUGUAUGUACUGCUGGUUGGGAAUUAGCUGAACAUUGGUUUCAAAUGCGUCUUUGGUCUCAAGCUCGCCAAAUGGGACACUAUGCUGGUAAAUGCAUGCUGGCAUAUGCAAAUAAUGAACAGGAUUCGUUGACAAUGGACUUCUGCUUUGAACUAUUUGCUCAUACAACAAAGUUUUUCAAUAUGAAGGUUGUUUUACUUGGUAAAUAUCACGAAAAUGAUAUGAAAAAAUAUGAAAAUCUCAUUCGAAUGACACCAGGGGAAGAAUAUAUUCGUGUUACACUUAAAGAUGGGCGAGUACAUGGAUGUGUGUUUAUUGGUGAUACAGAACUCGAGGAAACAUUUGAAAAUUUGAUUUUAAAUCAAAUUGAUGUCAGUGCAUUUGGUGAAACUUUAUUGGAUCCAAAUAUCGAUAUAGCCGAUUAUUUUGACUGA